AGGCAUUGAGUGAAGUGGUCGGACAGUGCACGGUCAUAGAAAGCCAUCCAGCUAGCGGGUACUGUAGCUACGGAAGCGCUAGUUAGCACACAUUUUCGUCAGCGGUCGGCGCACCAACUCAGCGAGCAACCACUAGUCUCUCUCUGUUGCGUACAAUAUCUGGAAGACCGAGGACGAGAGUUCAUUCCGCUACAGUCAUCAAUGGCUCUGUGCAACGGAGAUACCAAGCUGAACAUCAGCAACGUUGAGCCUCAGAAUGGUUCAUGUGAGGGGGCGGUGGUCAUCCUGGAUGCUGGGGCUCAGUACGGCAAGGUGAUUGACAGGCGGGUCAGAGAGCUGUUUGUCCGCUCAGAGAUCCUCCCACUAGAGACGCCAGCCUUCGCCAUCAGAGAACAAGGCUUCAGAGCGAUCAUCAUCUCUGGUGGUCCUAACUCUGUGUAUGCUGAGGAUGCCCCUUGGUUUGACCCUGCCAUAUUCACCAUUGGAAAGCCUGUCCUGGGUAUCUGCUAUGGAAUGCAGAUGAUGAAUAAAGUUUUUGGAGGCACAGUACACAGGAAGAGUGUGAGGGAGGAUGGCGUGUUCAACAUCGGACUGGACAACACCUGCUCUCUCUUCAGGGGCCUGAAGAAGGAGGAGCUGGUGCUGUUGACUCAUGGGGACAGUGUGGACAAGGUGGCCGAUGGCUUCAAGGUGGUGGCCCAGUCAGGGAGCAUCAUUGCAGGUAUUGCCAACGAGCAGAAGAAGCUGUAUGGGACCCAGUUUCACCCGGAAGUGGACCUGACAGAGCGGGGCACAGAGAUAUUACGUAACUUCCUGUUUGAGAUCGCCGGCUGCACCUCCAACUUCACUGUCCAGAACCGCCAGCAGUCCUGUAUCACAGAGAUUCAGGAGAAAGUUGGCAAGUCCAAAGUGCUGGUUCUGCUGAGUGGCGGGGUAGACUCCACGGUGUGUACGGCCCUGCUGAACAAAGCUCUGAACCAGGAGCAGGUGAUCGCGGUGCACAUCGACAACGGCUUCAUGAGGAAGAGAGAGAGCCAGAGCGUUGAGGAGGCCCUCACCAAACUGGGCAUCAACCUCAAAGUGGUGAACGCAGCACACACCUUCUAUAACGGCACGACGACCCUGCCCAUCUCCGACGAGGACCGGACGCCACGGAAACGCAUCAGCAAGACCCUCAACAUGACCACCAACCCUGAGGAGAAGAGGAAGAUUAUCGGAGACACCUUCGUCAAGGUGGCCAAUGAGGUGAUAGGGGAGAUGAACCUGAAGCCGGAGGAGGUGUUCCUAGCCCAGGGCACCCUGAGGCCAGACCUCAUAGAGAGUGCUUCUCACCUCGCCAGCGGCAAGGCAGAGGUCAUCAAAACACACCACAACGACACAGAGCUCAUCCGCAAGCUCAGAGACGAGGGAAAAGUCAUUGAGCCGCUGAAGGACUUCCAUAAGGAUGAGGUACGGGCACUUGGCAGAGAACUGGGACUGCCAGAGGACAUCGUCUGUCGACACCCUUUCCCUGGGCCUGGCCUGGCCAUCAGAGUGAUAUGUGCAGAUGAGCCCUACAUCUGUAAGGACUUUGCUGAGACCAACAAUAUCCUCAAGAUCAUCACAGACUUCUCUGCCAUGGUCAAAAAGCCCCACACGUUGCUGCAGAGAGUGAAGUCGUGUAUAUCAGACGAGGAGGAGGAGAAACUCCUGCAGAUCACCAGUCUCCAUUCACUCAAUGCCUUCCUGCUUCCAAUCAAGACUGUUGGAGUCCAGGGUGACUGUCGGUCCUAUAGUUAUGUGUGUGGGGUCACCAGUAAAGAGGCUCCACACUGGGAAUCACUGAUGUUCCUGGCCAGACUCAUCCCUCGCAUGUGCCACACCAUCAACAGAGUUGUGUAUGUAUUUGGGUCCCACGUGAAGGAGCCUCCCACAGACAUCACCCCCACCUUCCUUACCACAGGCGUUCUCAGCACACUCAGACAGGCAGACUUCGUGGCUCACUCCAUCCUCAGAGAGUCUGGUUACUCUGGUAAGAUCAGUCAGAUGCCGGUCAUCCUGACCCCUCUGCACUUUGACCGCGAUUCCUCACAGAGGCAGCCGUCCUGCCGGCGCUCUGUGGUCGUCAGAACCUUUAUCACCAGCGACUUCAUGACCGGGAUACCUGCCACGCCCGGAAACCACAUCCCUGAAGAGGUAGUGCUGAAGAUGGUGAAUGAGAUCAAGAAGAUCCCUGGCAUCUCCAGGGUGAUGUUUGACCUGACCUCCAAACCUCCCGGCACCACAGAGUGGGAGUAGAGCUUGUGGGGAGAGCGAGAGAAGGGAGGAGUGGUGAGCUCCUCUCUUCCUCCUCUUCUCCUCCUCCUUUCAUUCCUUCUCCUAACACCUCCACACUCCACUGGCCUGCAAC